CCCCCUGAAAUUUUCAGGGUUUUUCUUAAACUAAUUUACUUAUGAAUUUUAAAUGGUUAACCAAAUCCUUAUGAAUGUCCACUGAAGUUUAUCGAUAGAGCCUGAUUUCUAAAUUAUUUUGCGUUAUGGAACUACUCUUCAUGAUUUGCUAAUAAAAAGUUUCAAACCCCCACCCCGAUUUUUUUUCUCCUGGCUAUGGUCCUGCUAACACCUCCCAACAAAGGAUUCCCCCUGAUAGGAAGGAGCCAGGCUUUAAAGCUGCAAGGCCAUUCAAUGCUAAUCAAGGUGGCCAAUUGUAACAUUCACACCUGCCUCAAAUACACAAGAGUUCUUUCUGCCACCCUGCACAUUCCACAGAUAUACAUACUGUGAAGAAGUGUAUACAAGUCUCCACACAUACAAACCCCACUUGUCUAGUUUCCAACAGACCUCACAACCUUUGAGGAUGCCUGCCAUAGAUGUGGGCAAAACAUCAGGAGAGAACUUAGGGGAGCCUCUGAUGGCCUAGGGGAUAAAAGCUUUGUGACUUGAAGGUUGGGUUGCUGACCUGAAGGCUGCCAGGUUCGAAUCCCACCCAGGGGGAGCGCGGAUGAGCUCCCUUUAUCAGCUCCAGCUCCAUGCGGGGACAUGAGAGAAGCCUCCCACAAGGAUGGUAAAAACAUCAAAACAUCUGGGCAUCCCCUGGGCAACGUCUUUGCAGACAGGCAAUUCUCUCUCUCCACAAGCAACUCCGGUUGCUCCUGACACGAAAAAAAAAUCAGGAGAGAAUGCUUUGGGAACAUGGCCAUAUAGUCUGGGAAACUCACAGCAACCCACUGAGAUGUUGUAUUAAUGUAAUAUGUCAAUAUAAAAAGUUCAUUCUUUACCCUAAUAGCUUCACCUCCUGCAGUGUUUAGCAAAGCCUGGCUUUCUGACAUCAUGGCAUUCAAAUGCACCUCGUGUUUUCUGACUUGCAAAAAAGAGGUGCCUGUAAUGUCCGCCUCCACGUUCCCCUUCUCUUUCACAACCCGGUCUAAGAAAACAGGUCAGGGGAGCUCAUGUAAUGCUCAGCAGUGAUAGAAGAGGGGUGGAGGCCCUGAAGCAGGAAUGUUCCCCAACUGCCUCCUGCUACAGCAAAAGGAGCGAUCCUAAGAGAAAUAAAGCAUGUUGGGUCCCUCCCAGAACUGGAAAUGUAAUAUUUGGGACAGAGAUACCAGGUUGGGCGAUGAUUUGCAAACCAUUUGAUGCCAGAGUGGGAUGCAGAAGGAAUUGUGUCACAAGGAAGUGUUGGCUCAGCUUGUUCCAAAAGGCUACUUAUGUGACUUGUGGUAAGUUCUUUUAUCUUUCGGGGCUUUGGUGAUUGGGAAGAACUGAAUACAUCAACUCAAAGCAACAUGUGUCCUUCCCAAGUUGGAAACUAAGGAGUUUUUGGUUCUAGAACUCACAAAAACCCUUAUUCCAAAUGACCAGUGACCACAUUGGCUACAGGAUUCUGUGACAUGUCCAAAAAAGUUGCAGAAAUAAGAUCCAGAAAUGGCCAGUGGUCACAACGGCUGACGUAUUAGGGGAGUUGUAUUUCCAAAAAAAGUAACUUUUUCCAAGUUAUCUCUCUGAAGAACUGCAGGUGGCUUUUUCCAAAGCAUAGGUUUAGUACAGGAUGCAUGUUACUAUUUGGUAGCUGUCUUCGGAGUACCAUUCAAGAGCAUAUCAUUGUACAGUUAUUGUGCUUAUUAUUCACAGGCAGAUAAAUGGAUGGAUGGACAGACAGACCAACAGAUAGGCUGAUGAUAAAUAAAUGGAUAGAUAGAUGGGUGGGCAGAUCGACAGGCAGAUGUUAGCACACUGUCUUUGACUCUUAGGUUGAGCACCAAAAUGUCUUGGGCAAGCUAGUUGAUUGGCCAUCUUGUCUUGGCAAGCUCUGGCCAGGGGCCUGUUCACACUACAGAUUUGUAGUGACAGGAUCCCACUUUACUUUCCUUGGCUACAUCCUACAGAAUCCUGAGAUUUGUAGUUUGCUGGGGCAGUAGAACUCGCCGCCUGAGAAUUCCAAAGACUCCCUAAACUGCAAAUCCCAGAAUCCAAUUGCCAUGACAGUUAAAGUGACGGCUUUGUACAUGGCUUUCCAUAUUAUCUUCUCAUUUUGGAUUGACCUCCUUCUUCGCCAGGUGGCAAAAUGACACCUUGUAUGGGAUGUUCAUUGUGAUAAGCUAUUCUUUCAAUUGCCAUAAAACUGGAGAGGACAGGCACAACUGAAUAAAGAACUCGUGGAAUGAUGGUGGGUUAUGCUCCCACCACAUUGGUCUCUUCAUAGGGAUAUAGUCAUUUCAAGGGCUAAAUGAGAACAUUGCCCCAUCAAUUAGGAAUUCUAUUUCCCAUUCGAUUUUUCUGUAGCCUCCUUGUUUCUAGCAUUGCAGAGUCAGAAAUAGAAAAUCGUUCACACUUGGAACUCUUCUUUUUACUGUGUGUUAAUAUUUCUUUUAUCACUUUGCCUGUCCCUUUACUUUGUGUGCCUAAACUGCAUCUUGAGAUGCUCAACUAAAAUUCUAAGUGACUGUAAUGCUAGAAACAUUAUCAUGGGAAGACAGAAUUCUUAUCUAAGGGGGCAAUGCUAGGAGUUGUGUCUACCUCUCAUAGCUAUACAGCUGUAAAUAGGAAGGGCUCACAACCCCUGUGGAAUUUGGAAAUAUGAACUUUUUCAACUGAAAGAACACUCUAAGUCUCUAGAUCUUCCAGUUCAACUUCGGUAGAAGAUGAUCACAAAAUCAUACUGGAAGAUCUACAAAUGCUAAGAUUCUCUAGGUCAGUGGUUCCCAACCUGUGGUCCGUGGACCACCACCACUGGUCCCCAAGAAUUAAAAUAUGGCCUGCGACCUAGCCGUUACUACACCAUUGCAAAGAGAGCGACUGGUCUCGCGAAACCCUCUUAUAGUGCUGAGGCAACAGGGAUAUCGGGAAGGGAGAGGCUGACUACCCACAAAAGGCACAACAACAAGGCUCCUGACUACUGCUUCUCCUCCUCCCUCCCCCUGAGCGGAGCUGUUCCAUGUGAUGCCUGGAAGCGGGGCGCCUUGGUGUCUUCCUUUUUAGGCCUGUGCCUGGGGUUAUUUGGGGUGCUGAUUCAGAAAAUUGCUUUGGAUAGACCACAUCAGCUCUAGAUUAUUAAAUAUGGUUUUCCAUGAGUGAGCAGAUGGAUGGCAUAUGUUCUGUAUCAGAAACAAGAGCUGAUGUGGUCUAUCCAAUCCAGUUUUUUGAAUCAGCACCCCAAAUAACCAAACAGAAUCUAAAGUUGACCAAAAACUGAUUUGUAACCCUUUUGGUAUUAAUUUUGGAGAGUGGUCCCUGGUCAAAGUGGUUCCUGGUCAAGUGGUUCCAGGUCAAAAAAAAGGUUGGGAACCACUGUUCUAGAUCUUCUUGUGUGAUUCUAUGGCCAUAAAGCCACACCAAAGAACUAGACAUUCUUAAUUAAUAUGAAUCAAAUAUUAACAUUAAUCAAAUCAAUGAAUAAUCAAAUCCACAACAGCUAAACCCACAAAUGUGGAGGUCCGACUGUACAGAGCUGGUUGGACCACAGACUGGGAAGAGAGAUCGUGAGAGUAGAUGAGAUGAGAGAUUAGAAUUACAGAGAAAGCUUGUAUUUAUUCAUAGCAACUUUCUGAACUUUCCACUUACCAAAGUUCUUUGCAUGUCCUGUUGGGAUUUUAAAGAAUAGAACAAAGGUAGUAUGCGUUAUCGCUAUUAAAAUGAGAUCACUAUGGGAGGAAACGAACCACAACAAAUUACAGGCAUGCAACAGUUUGGAAACGUUCUUUCUGUGGAAUAUGACUUGCACAAUCCCACAGCCAGCAAUGAGAGUGAUAGUCCCCAACUGCCUCCUGCUACAGCAAAAGGAGCGAUCCUAAGAGAAAUAAAGCAUGUUGGGUCCCUCCCAGAACUGGAAAUGUAAUAUUUGGGACAGAGAUACCAGGUUGGGCGAUGAUUUGCAAACCAUUUGAUGCCAGAGUGGGAUGCAGAAGGAAUUGUGUCACAAGGAAGUGUUGGCUCAGCUUGUUCCAAAAGGCUACUUAUGUGACUUGUGAUCUCCGCAAAACUCCAUAAGACUCGAAGGCCUGGAAAGGAAGCCAACCCUAGGAAGAAGAGCCUGGGGAAAGGGGAAGACCAGAACUCCAGAAGGUUGCAGAGUUGGCCAUUAGUAGGCAAGGCCUGGGCUCACAUUGCCACACUAUAUGCAGUAUACUAUCCUAUCCUUCCCUGAAAUUCAGGGUCCCACCUGCUUGGGAACUCUGGUCGAAGGUGGCCUGGCGCCAGUGCUGAUGAGUCCUACCGAUGAGGAGAUCACGCGGUUACAUCACAGCGAGGAAAACCAUGAUGCCCGGCGCAUAUGCUCAAGAGAGUUUGACCACAUCGCACACGAGGAAUGCCACAACAGAAACGAUAUCUUGACAGAAGAUGACAUUUACUGCUGCAGUCUUUCCAAGACAUUAUGCCAUACUUCCACCCCGGUCACAGUGGGCUUCUAUUCGCCGUGUGGAGCCCGUGCUCAUUCACUACUUGAUCAGAUUGCAGGAUGUAUGCAUAAAGAAUCCAUGCGGAGAGAAGAAAACGAGUUCAGGAAGACUCACCAGAGGCCUAGACAGCCAGAAGGCUGGAACUACUUCACCCUCCUCUGGUACUUGGUCUUCUAUGAACCAGUCAUCACAGAGGUCCACCUGAGGAGAAAGAACAUCGAAUUCAUCUUUGUAAGAUUCAGUGCCUGGCAGUAUGCAGGCAGCGACAAGCUGUGGGCUGGCCUAGUUACCACCUUGUGCGACCAUAUCCGCCACCAUUUCGGUCCUCUGCCUCUCAGCUUUUAUCAAGUGGUGGGGAAAGCACCACGAUAUGCCUCUGGGUUCAGUCAAGAUGAGUGGCGGGUCAAAAAGAAGGUCUGCUAUGGCGCUGGCGGACUCGGUGUCAUCUUGCUAGCAGGUGCGGCCCUGACUGCCACCGCGUUCCUUGUGCCCGGGAUCAGAGAUGGCAGCUACUUGAAGAUCUUUGGCAGCAUCCUCACUGCCGUUUCUGGCUCAGGUGCCAUAGUGGCCUUGGCUCCUGUGAUCAAGCACCUUCUUGUGAGCCAAAAGAAGAAAAUUGAGAGCAUGACCAGUGAUGGAAAAUUCACGAGCCAUUUGGGAUUUAUGAGUGCGGUGAAGAAAGAGAUUGAAGUUCUAACUCACUUUGUGUAUUACAUGGAGAUCUUUGAACGGCGGCGGCUGAGGAUCGUCUUUGAGAUCACCAGUUUGGACAUGUGCUACCCGGAAAGGGUGGUCGGGGUCCUGAAUGUCAUCAACACGCUCCUUUCAGACACCAAUGCCCCCUUCAUCUUCCUUCUGGUGGUGGACCCUUGCGUCAUUGUCUCAUGCUUAGAGGAAGCCGGUACGAUGAAGGGAAUGGCUGACAACGGCUACCUCUACCUCAACCGCACCGUGACACUGCCUUUCUCCAUCCCAGAGAUCAGCACACGGUGCAAAAUGCGGUUCCUGCAUGAGGCCUUCCAGACUCGGGAAGAUCUGAUGUACAGGAUCAUCACAAGGAAUCUGGAGCAGGGGGUCCGAAAGACCAAAGGAAAAGAAAUGGCAGCCUUGACAGAUAUGGAAGUGUCCACAGAGGUAGACCAGCAUCAGAUUGAUGCUCAGGCUGUGCAGUAUAUUCAUGAAGCUUUCCACUGCCUCCACAAUGAGUAUGACUGCCUUUACAAAUAUAUCCCAAACAGUAUUGUCCAGAUGAGAAGGAUUGUCAACACCAUCCCUAUCACCCUCAGGCUGAUGACCCAACAACAUCUCCUACGGCACAACAUCUGUCCUCGUUCAGUAGCUGGUUGGGUGGUCUUGGCCAACCAGUGGCCCUGCCGCCUGAGUUGGAUUCUGCAAUGCCUGCAGGAUAAGCUGCAGUGCAAACACGAACUUGACUACAGCAAGGAACCUAUGUGGAAUGUCUUCACAGAGAAUUGCAAGGAAUUCUUCUCCAAGCACAAGGACAUUGGGAAACUCCUGGCUUUGGACGGUGACCCAGAACUCUUUGAGAAGUUCCUUUCACAUGACUUUCCUUUCACAGUGGAAGAAGGAGAGCAAUUCCUCAGGUACACAGUCAACCUGGACCAUUCCAUCAGGUGUCGGAUGGGGCAGCUGCGCUCACUAGAUUCCUUGGAAAAGUACUGCAGCAAAAAGGAAGAACUAGCCGAAAAGGAUUAAGAUGGUUGAUUUCAAUUGUUGCUUUUUUUGGAGGGGGGGGGGGGGACAAAUAAGAAGUACCAUAGUAAUGUUAGACAAUUGCAAAUCUUUGUGUUACCCCAUGAAAAGCUGCAUAGGUGUGUUGGGAAGAUUCCAGACCAUUUUCUCUGCUCAGUGGUGGGUAUGUGAAAGCUCAAGAUGCCUAGCAAGUAUCUAUGUGAAUUGAGAAUGCACCUUGAACACUUCUCAGAAUUCUUUGGAAAACCAGCAAGGGAAUAUGGGGUGGGUUACCUGAAUUCUGGACAAAGUCUGUAAAACAUUUCCUCCAAAUAGGGAAAACGCCACAAUUUGCACCAAGGAAUGGAUGAUAAUCGAAGUGGGGCAUUUUCAUAUUAGAUUUAAAAUUGCACAUUUGGACCUUUUUUGUUUUGUUUUGUGUGCAAUUUAUCAAUGCUGUGAAUAUCAGAAAAGGGGGGGGGAGAGGAUGAGAUACUGAAAGAGGAAUCAAGUAUAUACUAUUGCCAAGGUAGGUUUUGUGUUGGAAAAUGAGAGAGGGGAAGGAAAAAUGAAGUCAGGGAAGUAGGAGAAAAGAGUCAGUAUUAGUAGAAUCAAUUGCACAAACAGAAUGUUGGCUUUUUGACUGCUCCAUUAUGUCUCAUAUAUUUAUGUUCUUAAUUCUGCGAUAGCUGACCAAGAAAAUGAGAGCUUAGCUUGCCUCAUAGUUUAUCUUGUUUCAAGAUCCAAUGAUCAUAACGUGAAAGGAAGCUGUAGUAAAAUUUGUGCAUAAAAUUCUGUACAUUUUUCUAUCCAACAGCAACAAAACUAAGUUUUAAUGUAAAGGGACACCACUGACACUUUUGCACUAACACUGUGCCAAUGUAUUGGUCCUAAUAAAAGUAUUGUAUUACCUA